CGAGGCCCGCCUCUCCACCACCUGCGUCAUGGACUCCUGCGACGCCUCGGGCGAGCUGACCACGGGCGAGAGCGACAUCGAGUCGUGCACGUCCGAGGACAUGGACGCGUCCACCGCCACCCAGCACGCCGUCUCGACGCGGGGCUCCGUGCGGGGCUCGCAGAAGGGCUCCCUCAAGGGGUCCCGGGACCCGCUGCCGUCCACGGACAACACGCCCACCGCGGAGAAGGCCGCUGCCGUGCCGAGCCCGGCCGACGCUGCCCACCCCAAGGUGGUUCUUCGUUCUCGCAAGCGUCGUUCCGGCGAGCAGCGGCCGUGCAGCGUGAGCGAGCUGUACCAGCUGGCCACCCGCCUGGACCUGGCGCCGUUCUCCGUGUCCGAGACCGCCCUUCACAACCUGCUCACUGCCACGCCCGAAACGCCCACCAACGACAACCAGGCCUUUGGAGCAGAGACCCCAGACGCGGCUGGCAGUAACACAUCCCCUACAGAUGUUUCCACGCCAACCACCACCGGGCCUCCGGCUACCCCCGCAACCAACACCACAAACACAACCAUCACAUCAACAACACACCCAAACAUUUCCGCGUCUGCCACCAUCACCACUUCCACAACAUCAACCACGGCAGACCGGCAGUCUCCUGCAACCAAUGCCACCGGAUCGCUGAGGAGGAGAAAGACCAGAGCUCGCAGGAAGUCAAACCUGUCCUUGGGGCGACGAACCGAUUCCGGAUCAGACGGCUUGGCUCUCAACCUGUCUGGAGGCUCUGACAACAACCAAGUGUCUCCUAACCGCCGCCUAUCCAAGUCACACUCCUCGGGUUCGGACACCGCCUCACACUGCAGGAGGCAUAUCGUCAAGAGUUCCUCCUUCUCCGGCGCGUGCCGUGGGGGCUCGGGCGGCAUGACGUCGUCCACCGAGAAGUGCGUCUCAGACUGCGGGGGCGUGUUGGGCGUGCCUCGCCUGCACACUCGCGCCCUCGCCGUCGACGACUGCUGCUCCAGCGACGAGUCCCGCCCAUCCAGCCCGGCGCCGGCGUUGCUGGAGGCCAUCGUGCCAAGGAGCCCCGCCCACACCGCCCGCAGCGCCACCCAGAGCGACCAGGACGCCCUCAACACCCACGAGGACAUGAGCUCCCUCUCGGAGCAGGCUUGGGAUCCUUACCAGCAGGAAUACAAGUACUUCAGUGAGCCUUACUCGGAGGACAUCGACCAGGAGGCUGCCAGGCGCUUGCUUGAGUUCGGAGACGACUACAGGAAGUACAUCGACUCCGACGGGGCAUCCUCCUUCUCGGGCAUCCCACACAGGGGUCGCCGCUCCCCCACCACCGUCGGUUGAGAUCAUUGAUCCCGCAAGGUGCUCGUGACCUGGAUUCUGACUCCGACCUGGAUGACCUCCAUCAUGUCAUCGACGAGUCCAGAUCUCAGCUGACCGUCACAGAGAACGUCCUCAAGAAAUACUCCAACGAGGCUGCUCUGGGACUUGAUUACGCCGAACUCGUGGCCACAACGCAGACCAACAUCAAGUGCCUGGCCGAGAUCGUGCGACAUCUGCAGAUGGAGGGGACGCUGGAACCCGAGCUGCAGGAAGUGCAAAGUAAGUGCUGGAUUUUCGAGUG